UGAGUGGCUGCAUCCAUGGCAACUUUAGGAAAACCAUUUUAAUGUUCUUUUUUUUUUUUUUCCCUUUUUGGGCGAAUACGUCGGCUGCUUUACUAUUGGGCUAAUUUCAUGGAAACAAAUGGCCAUCAAAGCGGACCUGAAAACAACUUCACCUUAAAUUUUCGGGCCCAGGUGGACUGCAUGUAAUAGCAUUGGCAGUUGUAACUUCUCCGUGGGAACCGCCGAUGCUUUGAGACCAAACAUCAAACCCAGGAUAAGAUUAAAAUAGAAGGACAGCAAGAAUCAAAGAUUGAAAAUGGCGUUAGCGGCAAGCAGUGUAAUAUCACACAACAGAACCGUUAAAUCCCUGGCUUUCCCAUUGCCAAAGCAUGGAAAUAUAGCGGCAAAUCAUCAUCAACAUCAUUCUAAACUCGGUCUUCAUUCAUUUUCACACCCACAAUACGUUUAUCAAUGCAGCAAUAGUAGAAUUUUCACCCCAUCUUGCAUAGCCAAGACUGCUGUUUCUGAUGUUCAACUUCACAACUCCAAUCUCACUACAGCUGCUGCCGAUAAUACAUGGUCAGAAUUUGCUAGGAAUGUGUCAGGUGAAUGGGAUGGGUUUGGAGCAGACUUCUCAAUUGAAGGGACUCCAAUUGAACUUCCUGAGUCUGUUGUACCUGAAGCUUACAGGGAAUGGGAGGUUAAGGUUUAUGAUUGGCAGACCCAGUGCCCUACCCUUGCUGAACCAGGGGAGAAUGUUAUGACGUACAAAAAUAUAAAACUACUUCCAACUGUUGGAUGUGAAGCAGAUGCCGCAACACGGUAUAGUGUAGAUGAGAGGAACAUUGGGGGUGUAGAUAAUAAAGUUUCUGCGUUUGCAUAUAAAUCUAGUGGAUGUUACACUGCUGUCUGGCCAGUUGCAGAUAAUGGCACACUUAAACUAUGGGAGUUGGAGCAUUGCUUGAUCAAUCCUCGGGAUAAGGAGUCUCGUGUGAGAAUAUUUCAGGUUGUUGGUGUGGAUGGUACAAAGUUUGUGUUACAAAAUAUUAGAGUGUUCUGCGAACAGUGGUACGGUCCAUUUAGGAAUGGUGACCAGCUUGGUGGAUGUGCUAUCCGUGAUUCUGCAUUUGCUUCAAUGGCUGCCACAAAGGCUUCUGAUGUUGUAGGUGUAUGGGAGGGGCCUAAUGCUGUUGCCGAUUUUCAUGGUUCUGGGGAUAACUUUCUUCAAGAGCUCAAAGAUAACGGGGUGCUGAAGUCAAUAAGAGAUGACAGCAAUCUCAUAUUGCUUCCCAAACAAUUAUGGUGUUCACUAAAAGAAAGAGAAGAAGGUGAAACCUGCAGUGAGGUGGCCUGGCUGUUUGAUCAGGGAUGUGCUAUUACAUCAAGAUGCAGCUUCUCAAGUGAGGGAAAGUUGAAGGAAGUUUCAAUAGCACAAGAAACUACAGUUUCGGAGGGUGUAAAGCAAGCCACCAGAUGAUUUAAAUCAGCAUUAGUAAUUUUAUUUUUAUCUUUUUGGAACUUUAGCGGACAUUACUUACGGUUGAAGUCAAAUGAAACCACAAAAAUAGGAAUUUCGUGCAUAAAUUGUAAAAUUUUGCUUUUUUUUUUCUACAAAUUUAUGAUACGUGCAGCAUAUGCAUAUGCUAGCUGUUGAAGGUGGAUUAUCCUUUAGGAUGACCUUCAGCUAUUCAAUAUCUUGUUUCUUCACCAUGGCUUGUUUCUUGAACGUAUGUAAAUUCAUGAACUUGUUCUAACUCAAAUACGAACUCCUGGAUAUCAAAUACGCUGUCAAAUACCCGCAUUUAUGCAGUAAAUUUUAUUGGAUGAUAAUAAAAGGAACAGAUGGUAGGCAGGCACAGUUCACAAAUUUUUUGAAGCUAACAGUAGUCUGCUGGUGUCUAGAAAGAGAUUUGUCACCCAUAAUUGUGAUUUUUGAGUUUUGGCUCUUACAAAAUAUCAGUUUGUACACUGAAUGACAAAUUGAGAAGGAAAUCAACCCACUGCUAUUUAGCAGUCAAAGAACCCCCUUUUUAAGUUUUAAGACUAUUGCGGAAUAGAUCCGCAUACCUGCCAAUAACCCCAGGUGACAUUCUAAUGAUGAGAAUAGAUAUACUUAGCAAUUGGGAUAUCACCUAUCUGUUAAACAAUUUUCACUUUGGCAACGUUAUGAUUACCAAUUUAGGAACUGGUGCUUCUGCAGAUACACAGGCUUGUCCAUUU